AUGGGCUGUGGAGCAUCGUCCGAACCGAGCAAGAUACCUUCUGCUGAGGUCGUCCAAGGCUCCACUGGUGGUAGCAAUGGGUCACGCCUCGAAGUGCCUACUACCGAGAGACGACGCCGGUCCGGAGUAUCAGCGCAGACGGUCUCUGAAGAGGACAGGAAGAACUGGGUGAAGCCGGUCAAUGAGAAGGACGAGUCGACCCAGAAGAUGCUCCGCGACAUCAUACGCACCAACGAGAGACUCCAUGUCCUUUUCGGUCACCUAGAUGAGGAAGAAAUCACGGACGUCAUCAUGGCCAUGUACCCGGGAAGCUUCAGUCCUGGAGACAUUCUCAUAAAGCAAGGAGAUGAGGGUGAUGCCUUCUGGAUAGUCGAGAGUGGUCAAUAUGACAUCUACUACCGUGGAGGUGUGCAGGUCCUGAGCUGUACGAAGGGUGCAUGCUUUGGUGAGCUAGCCCUCAUGUACAAGGCCCCUCGAGCGGCAACAGUGAAGUGUACAGAGGCCGGCAAGACUUGGGGACUCGACCGUUUAUCCUUCCAAAUGAUGGUCAUUUCGGCCGAGUCGACUAAGAAGAAGAAGUACGAGGAUUUCUUACGAUCCAUGCCCAUACUGAAGGAUCUCAAUCACUACGAGUUGUGCCAACUGUCGGACAUGCUGGAGCCGAAAGAGCACAAGGCCGGAGAUGUCCUCAUGAAGCAAGGAGAGCCCGGCGAUAACUUCUACAUCCUCGAAUCGGGAGAGGCUAAGGCUUGUCUGACUGGUGAGGAUGGCAACGAGGUCGUCGCCAAAGUUUAUAACACCCCUGGAGAUUACUUUGGCGAGCUGGCUUUGUUGACUAAGGCCCCUAGGAAGGCUACAGUCUACGCGUCUGGUAAAGGCUGCCGAGUGUUGAGUCUCUCGAAGGAGAAAUUCGACCGCGUUCUUGGGCCUAUCAGACGCCGCUUGGAGGACAAGAUGAGCGAUUACCCUCAGUAUGCGGACAUCAUUCAGCAACAGGCCGAGUGUGAGCCCGGUUCUCCUAGCGACAUGAUAGGAUCUUCUGACGACGAAGAGAGUAAUCAAGCCCGCUGA